UAGUGUUUCGCGCGGACACGGUCGACUAGGUUCCGGUCCCUGGUGGUGUCUUGCAAUUUGAAUGCGGCGGUUACCGGUCGUCCAUCCACAGCACAAAGUCUGUCUGGCGGCGUUGCAUAGAAAUCGACAUUGGAAAUCGGAGUGGAAAAAAAAUCCUUUCACAUUCAUACUGCGCGCCUAAAAACCGUGCGAAAAAUUGAAAUCACUUCGUUAUUCCGAUUGGAUUCAAGUGUGCAGAACGGGCAAAGCCGGAAAUGUCAAUCUGUAGGCCAAUGGCUCUUUGGGAUAUGUGGUGAAAGUGGUUCUUGAGUGGACUCUCACUUGCUUAGGCAGGAGUGAUUCUUCCGGACGAUCGUUAACUAGGUUCAGCAAACCUUGACGUUAGAAACCCUUGAGCCCGUUUGUGUUUGCAAGGACUAUCCUCCGUUUAUUAUUAUCGGAAGCAGCACAACUUUUGCCACACCAUCUAGCGAAGGGAGGUAGAACCGCACCGGUUGUGUCAAUAAGCCACCAUAGACGAGCGGGAAAGCAUCAAAUAGGAGCGGCUGAAUUCCCGAGAGUAACCACCAUCGUAGCAGGCAUCACGGUCAACCAACCCCCAUGGCAACGCAAAGGGUUUGGACAACCGACGUUCAUGGUAGCGAUGAUCACAUGUCCGGUAAAAUCAAUAGCACCAACAAUGGCAACGCAAACUCAGCUUCCGGCAAUGUGGCGGCCAGUCCCUAUCUGGUUGGAGUGCAGUCCAGAUUUCGCCGGCGUUAUUUCCACAAAUCUAUUUUCGUAGCGCUGAUCGUUAUCAUUGUCAUCCUGCUGAUUGCUAUCAUUGUAAUUGCCUGUCUGCUCCACUUCCCGCCGGAUGUGUGCCACAGCCCGGAUUGCCUCCGUGCAGCCAGCACCUUGCAGCAGAGCAUGGACCUGCGAGUUGACCCUUGCGAAGACUUCUACGCGUUCAGCUGUGGCAACUGGGCCGACGACCAUCCUCGGCCGGACAGCUACACCAGCUACGACUGGUUCAGCGAACGACAGGCACGCAUCCUGCGGAACAUCCGCCAAUAUCUACAGCGGAACGACAGCUCCGACGAACCGAACCCAAUCAAGCAAGCGCGGGCCAUGUACCGUGGCUGCAUGAAUUUGACCGCCAUGGACUCCGUGGGAUACGCGCCGCUGUUCAAACUGCUGGGUGAGUAUUUCCUACCGAACUACCCGACUGUGCUGAACGUGACACAGGUGGACUACGAAAGCUAUGACUUCGAGUGGAUCCGAACGUUGGCGAAGAUAAAACAAAUGCUAGGAUUGGACAUUUUGAUCGGUUUCGACGUGUAUCCUGAUCCCAAGAACCGAGACUCGAAUCGGCUGGUUUUAGGAACACCGGAGCAAGGUUCGGACUUGCCAUUCAACAUGGACAUCCUUAAGCAUAUUUCAAAAGCAAAGCACAAAAUCAUAGUCUACGAUGAUGAGGACGAGGAAUACGUAGAUGAUCCGGUAGAUACCAAGCACAUGAUUGCGUACAAAAACUUCAUGAUAGGUGCUAUGAAGAUUUUGGUAAAAAAUACAUAUCCGAUCAUUGACAUCGAAUCUUAUUCGGGUGACUUCCAAAAAGCAGCUGACAUUUACGUCAAGAUGUCCAGGGCAAUCAUGAAGAUGGAGAAACAAGCGGAGAAUGCUUCCAAAUCCAACAACACUGAAGAUCGACUCAAUCUACAAGAUACAGUCUACGUCACCGUUGCCGAACUACAGAACAUGACCGAUCAGUACAUCUUCCCCAAGGAGCCGUUCCCUGUUUGGGAAAGCUACCUGAACGAAGUCUUCGAAGGUAUUCCGGAAGCGCACCUCGAUCUGAAACAUGACCAAAUCCUAACCAGCAAUGCAGACAUUCUAUAUCUGCGCUUGCUAGCCGACUACCUCUCACAGACGCCCCUGGCUCAUAUAGAAUUAUUUAUCUGGUGGACGGUAGUGGAGGAACUGAUACUUCACACUACAACCGAAAUUAGAAAGCUGCACUACGAGUACUACAAGGCGUUGAUCGUGACGGAGGGUUACACACCACGAUCACUGUACUGCACCGGUGCAGUAAACAAACUGAUGGGAAUGGCGGUUAGUUACGCUAUCACUGAUCACGAUUUUCUCAAAAAUACUAAACCCAAAGUGCAGCAAAUGCUGAGGUACAUUCGAAGCGCGUUCGAACGAUUGGUCAGAGACACCAACUGGAUGGAUUGGAGAACGAAAAGCUCGACGCUGGAGAAGUCGCAAGCGAUGCGUAGUUUGAUCGGGUUUCCCGAGUGGAUACUUGAGGACGGAAAGUUGGAACAGAUCUACGCUCCGACUGACUUGAGCGAUACGCAACAUUUGGAGAACAUGGUUCAGUUAAUUGAGCUGCGGAAUGUGAAAUACCUUCGUCGAUGGAGGUUAAAGAACGUUUUGAGCUGGGACACCUAUCCGACCAACGUGAAUGCGUUCCACGCCUUUCAGGAUAAUGCAAUCACGAUACCGAUUGCUAUCCUGCAAUAUCCGUUUUAUCACCUGGGUCUAGAGGCGCUGAACUAUGGUGCGAUUGGGACGGUGCUAGGUCACGAGUUGACCCACGGGUUCGAUGAUAGUGGUCGGCAGUUCGACAAGAAUGGCAAUCUGAAGCAGUGGUGGACAAACAAUACGGUACGAGAGUACGUUAACAGGACCGCGUGCUUUGUCCGGCAAUACAGCGGUUACUACGUCAAGGAAGCUGAUGACUACAUCGAUGGCUUGCAAACUCUGGGAGAGAACAUCGCCGAUAACGGAGGCGUCCGAGAGGCUUUCGAAGCAUACAAAAUCUACAAAAAACACAAUGGAAAGGAGCCACUUCUGCCAGGGUUUGAAAACUUUACACACGAGCAGCUCUUCUUCAUCUCCUAUGGCAACCUAUGGUGCGAAUCACAUACGGCGUCCUCAGCCAAGGCCGCCUUAGACGACACCCACUGCCCGGGCUGGAUUCGGCUCAAAGGUGUGUUGAGCAACUCGCCCGAAUUCAGCCAGACGUUUGGCUGCAAAGCGGGAAGUGGUAUGAACCCGACCACUGAAAAAUGUCGAAUUUGGUGAAAUCAAAGCGGAACGGUUCUUCCCGGUUUCGAUAACAGAGCAAUCAAACUGUGUGAUUUUAGAUAUAAGUGGAAUUUUCUGACCAAUUUUGAUCUUGCAACAGGUGUGAUAUAUUGAAGUGCAAUAAAUUGUUU